CAGGAAAAGAUUGUAAAGCAAGUAAACAGGACACGUAUUCAAGUAACUGAGGUGAAGGUCAAGUAUGAAACCUGGCUGACAGUGAUACAAAAUGGACAAGUUUGGAAUGACCUUUGGUGGAGGCCCAAGCAAGAAGGAACUGCUUGAUGCCAUUGAGGUUCAGAAGAAACAACUUGUUAAGUACCAGACUCGUUUUAAAGAUGUCGUCAGAGCGUACCAAAGCCUACUUAAGGAAAAAGAGGCCUUGGAAGCCAGCCUGAAAGUAUUGUCGAUUUCUCAAGAAGUCGACCUAAGCCAACACCGUGAAAGCUUUGCUUCAGGUGGAAGCUAUGGAAAUGCAGAACGACCUUUGCUGGCUGACCUCGGGGAUGACCGUUGUUCCCUUCAUAGUGAAGAUAGUCAGGACACAGCAGCUUCUGCUGAUACAGCCAAUAGUGUGACUAGUAAUAACGCUAAGGGAGACCUAAUAGAAGAUGACCAAACCUGUACUGUAGAUGGUGCUGUUGGUGCGGUCGCAUCUGUCUUGCCCCAGCAAACUGAGGAAGCGAAUGGAUCCGAAAGUGGCAUCAGCACCAGCAGCAGCGGAUCUCUGGAGCAACCAACUGCUGCUUCCUGUUCUGUAGACACAGACCGUCGUAUCAUCCAACUAAAGUCGCAACUAUCCACCCUAACCAGUUCUCUGGCCACCGUCACUCAAGAGAAAUCCAGAAUGGAAGCUUCAUUCCAGGCGGACAAGCGGAAGAUCAAGCAAGAACUGGAGGAGAUACAAGCCAGGUUGGAAGAAGAUCACAAGCAGCACCAGGCAGAGCUCCAGAGCUUGCAAGAGCAACUUGCAGAGAGCAAAGCCCGCGUCAUCACCCAGCAGCACGAACGGGAGCAGGAGCAAGGUGACCACGCGCACAUGCUCAGAGAGCUCCAGAAACUCCUCCAGGAGGAGAGGGGUCUGAGACAGGAUGCAGAACUUAUGCUUGAAGAUGCUCGAGAAUCCCUAGCCGAAGCACUCUUGGCGGCAGAUAGAGGGCUGGACUACGAGGUGCGACUGAAAGAGAUCACUCAGGAACGUGAAGAGCUGAGGAAGAGCCUGAAGGCUGCAGAAGUGGAGAAGAGCAAACCCGACCCUCGGGUGGAGGAGCUCCAGCAGGAGAUUGCAGAGCUGAAAGCCCACUUCAAUCAGCAACUUCAACAAGAGAUCCAAAAGGCCGCACAGGCAGAGGAACGUCUAAGAGACCAGGCUCAGAUGGAGGAGGUACGAGUUGCCAGCCUUGAGGAGCGAGUGUCUGAGCUCUCAGAGUUGCUGGGUGCCUGCGAGAAGGUCAAACAGAAGGACCAACAGAACGCUCAGAGGCUGCGGGAGCGCAUCCUUCAACUAGACACUGAAAACAAAACCUUGGCUAUCGCAGCGGUGAACAGGACAACCUCCGAUCAAAACAUCGAUGAAACAAACUUGAGCAUGGACGUGUUGAAGGACAAGCUUGAGAAGGUGAAGAAGUUACUGCUGUUGGCUGCACAAAGAUCUCAAGACCAGAAUCUGGAUAUCGAUAAGCUCCUGGAGGACGAGAAGGACACUGAAGCCUCAGAUGGUGAAAAAGCCGCCGCACUCCACUACCAGCAAGAGCUCCGGCAACUGAGGGAGGAGUUUGAACGCUACAAAACCAGGGCCCAAGGUGUUCUGAAAACCAAGAACACAAAAGAUGGCAACCAGGCCCAGGAGCUGGAGGAAGCACGAGACCAGCUGGCCGAACUGAAGGAGAAGUACAUCAACCUUCGAAUUCUUUCCGAUGAAACAGAAGCACGGCACAAACGUGACCUGGAGGAACAUCAGCAAAGGCUCGUGGUGCUCCAGCAGACCCAUAAACAGGAAGUUGAGAAGCUGGAAGCCCAACACAGGGAGAACUUCCUGCGGCUUGAGGAAGAGCUGCACAAACAAAGAGAUCGCACAAUGGCCCUGCUGGCAGAGAAAGACCUCGAGCUGGAGCGAUUACGGGCAGCAGCGGUGAUCGGCUUCGGAAGCCAUCUGAGGCAUGCUGCAAAUAACAGCACAGCCUUGGAAGAAGGUAAUUUAGAGGGGGAUAAUCCAGCACAUGACGAAAGUGACAUCAUCGCUCAAGCGCUCAAACUUGCCGGGCCGAAUGAACCAACUUUAUUACUGUACGCCGAACAGCUGGCACGCAAGGAGGUGGAGGUAGCCGCCUUACGCAAGCAGAAACAUAGACUCGAGGAAGACCUGCGCCAGCUGCAAGGGAAGCUGAUCGCUAAUGGGGAGAGACAUGAAGAAGAGAUUGCUGAGCUACGUGAUAAACUGGACAAGCGUAUUCGGGACCAGGGAAGAGAUGGUGCUAAUCUUGAGUACCUGAAGAAUGUUAUGUAUAGGUUUCUCACACUCCAUGAUAUCAGAGGGCGCCAGCAGACUCUCACGGCCAUUCUAACUAUUUUGCACUUUAGUCCUCAAGAGAAACAAGCCGUGCUGAAGCAGCAGGCACACAGUUGGUGGACGGCAGGGAUGCGAUAAUGCGUAAACUAAUAGCAAGAGACGCCUUGUUUCUACUGUGCUGAAAGAAAUAUUCUGUUAUUUUUAUUGACCAAUAAUUUAGUGUGCUAAGUUAAAGGGUACCAAAAAAAUAAGAGUUUCCAUGUGUUUCUGAGAAACAAUAACUAAAAGUUCUCCUGUAAGAAACAAAGUCAAAUAUUAGAUCUUGACACUGUGUUUUGACUCUUACAUUGGUGCACCAAGAUGUUUAAUUCAGUUUGUAUAAUAUCUAGGGAUAUGUAAUAUAGUCUCUGCUGUAUAGACUUAUAUAACACAACAGUUUAAUGAAACACUAUUUUGUAUAUGUUUAAAGGUUAAAUCUACCGAAUAAUUUAUGCCAAAGAAGGCCCUGUUAAAAAAUAGUUUUACUAAUGAAAACUAAAUGGGCUGUUAAGAGGUAUAGCCAUUAUCAAUCUGACAUUUGCUUUCAGACAUAAGCACAUUUAUAUGGUUCAUGGUGAACUCCAUUCAUAUAUUUAACACACAGAACUGGUUCCAGUCUGCUUUGAAAUUGUUAGCUUUUGAUGACUGCACUGUUACAUUUGUUUAUUUCUACGAGCUUUAUGCGUAUAAAUCAUUUGAGAAACUUCAUCACCAUGUCAGUCUUUUGUAAAUAAGUUCUAGCAUUCCUGGAGUCAUACAUAUAAUAAACUAUUUUUCGCUCUUAA